ACAACAUGUCCACACGCGUCUACUUCUGAGAGCCUUCCUGCAUCUUCAGCACAAACCCGCCGCGCUCCAUUGUGUUGACGAAAAUGUGUCCAGAUUUGAAAAGGGCGGUAGAUAUCAAAGAAGCCGACUUCCUUGACACCUGCGCCAGUUGGGUCCUCAGGGAUAGAACGCACAUCAAGAACGCGGAAACCAGUUCCGUAGUUGGACUGGUACGCGAAACCAUUGGCAACAUACAUGUUAUGGUCCACGCCCUUUGCCCCUGACUUGUAGAUUCCAGUCUGUUUGGGUGCCUUCAGCGAGGAGAUGUCCCAGAUGUAGGUAAUAGGGUUACCUGGGAUUCCGGGGCCGGUCUUGUCAUACUCGUCAUACUCGUCGUCAAGAAGGAGAUAGCGCUGAUCCUCGAUAUCAAGAAGGGAACCCUGGUGCGUGUAGGAUGCUCCCUCGUAGGAGGUGAUGGAUAGAACCUUGGGGGCAGCUUUGUCGGUGAUGUCGUAAAUGGU